CAACGCGUCGCGUCACUAUGGUAGUCACAGCGAAAGGGAGCAGUUCGGAGUUUGGCAUCGCGCACCAUAGUCCGCUCACAAUCAGUCGUGCUCCAACCGUUCGUGUCGUCAGUCAUUUGCGUGGGACACAACUUUGCGAGACCUUUAGCGAGUAACGAGACACUCGGAGCAGCGACCCAGAAUUGCAGUCGAAGAUCUUCGAAUUCGCACGAAAAUACAUGUGCCAGUGUUUGUUUAUUAUUCCACUGAUCGCGCCAAUUCUGUCGGAGAAGUCUUGUUCCCUUUCGGUUUAUCGAUCCCUGGAUACGUCGUUUUCGCGCGCAAUUUCUUCACGAGUAACAAGCAGAGAGAAAGAGAGAAAGAUAUCUCUCACGAAUUGAGAGAUUGAGACAGCCUCGUGAUCAUCCCGGAGGACGCCGUGUCGCGGUCGCACGUCAACGCGCGUGAAACGUGUAGGAGGCCAAAGCUCACAGCGAACGUCGUCGUCACGUCCAUCGACUUCGAACUCGCGAGGCGGCAUGACGUAACGCAAUCGGGCCAAUAGUCGGCGAAUCGAUUGAACACCGAAAAAAAACAACGCGCAAGCCUCGCAGUCCACAGCCGUCAAUUGACGAAGAAUCCACGCUUGGCGGCAAAGCUCAAACGCGCGAGGGGAAUUUCUCUCUAUAGUGUAUCUCGUUCUCACGCUGAUAUAAUACAGUUGCGACGACACAUCGUGCGCGGCAAACAGUGAGAAUGGCUCUCUUCCGGAAAUUCAAUGAGAAGAUCCCUCGGAGAGGGAUUUUAGGAGCGAUGAUGUUUUUGGCAUGCAUGUUUUCGUACGUCAUUCGUACCAAUUUAUCCAUAAGCAUUGUCGCCAUGGUAAAUGUUACAAGUAAGGACGGUGGCGUUGGUCCAGCGUGCAGUGUGUCGGAUAUAAAAAGCAAUAAAACAGCCCACGUGCUCAAGGAUUUUGGAGAACGUUUCGAAUGGAAUCAACAUAUCCAAGGGCUGCUACUAUCAGGAUAUUUUUAUGGCGUUCUACCGGCUAGUGUACCAGCUGGACUCUUAGCCGAAAAAUACGGAGGUUCUAAAGUGGUGGCAUUUGCCACGUUAAUACCCGCAGUAUUAAAUCUUUUGAUGCCAUGGGCUGCUACUGUUCAUUAUGGUUUCGUCUUUGCACUUCGUUUCGUAAUGGGAUUUUUCGGAGGCGCAGUUUAUCCCGCUCUCCAUGCGAUGAUUGCUAGAUGGGUACCUCCUGGUGAAAAAGGCAUGUUUGUGUGGACCAUGCAAGGUGGUCCAUUCGGAACUGUUGUGACAUUCGCUUUAUGUGGUGCAGUAAUCAGUGCUUUUGGAUGGAAAGCUGCAUUUUACGUCACGAGUGGGCUCAUGUUAGUUUUUUAUGUUUUAUGGGUAUAUUUAAUAUACGAUACACCGGACUCACAUCCUGGAAUCACAGAGAAGGAGAAAACUUACAUAAGAGAACAAAUUGGCACUACUGUUUCGAAACAAAAGGUCCAAUUACCAGUGAAAGCAGUCGCCACAUCUCCGCCGUUCUUAGUAUUGCUAUGGGCCCACUUUGCGAACAUGUGGGGUAUAUAUUUCAUUGCUACAAACGGACCCAAAUAUACGUUAGAAGUCCUUGGUUUCAACAUGAAAUCGGGUGGCGCAAUAACUGGAUUACCUUACAUAGCUAGACUGGGCGCCGGAGUGUUAUUCGCAGCAGCGGGCGAUUAUGUGCGAAGGAGGAAGUUUUUGUCUCUAGGCUGGAUAAGAAAAAUAUUUAUGAUUUUCUCUCAUUUGGGACCUGCAGUUUGUUUAAUAAUAAUGACAUAUGUCGGUUGCGAUGCCACAGCUGCGAUAAUAAUGUUAAUAUUGGCGUUGGCUUUCAAUGGAGCUGCGUGUCAGACUAGUUUACAGAACCAUCAAGAUUUAGCACCAAAUUAUGCUGGUUCUCUGUACGGAAUUAUGAAUACAUUUGGUAGUUUCCCUGGAUUCAUCAUUCCACCCAUUAUUGGCGCUUUGACCAAUGAGAGGAACGGAGUUGACGAAUGGCGUAUAAUGUUUUGGAUAUCGGCGGUAGUAUUUAUAUCAGCAACGAUACUCUUUUGGCUAUUUGGAUCGGGAGAAAUUCAACCAUGGAAUGACACUACUCAUACUAAGGUGCCUACUAUUGCCGAUGAGGAAAGGCAGAUAAACGAAACAACGACGAAAGAUACGAUGAACGAAGAUACUGAAGCCGAAGAAAACGAACGUCUCUAGUAAUUUAGAAAAUGAAAUGAAGGUGAUGUGUGUCCAUGUCUGUACAAAAAUUAAUAAUCCAUUAUCGAAAAGAGAAUGCAUUUGAGAUUGAUGCAAAUUUUAACUUCUUUGUCAAAAAAUGUCACUGUUAAAGCAUAUUUUGUACAGCAAUUACAAUUAAUAUUUGUAUAACCUCCAAUUGUUAAAUAGAUACAAAGAUUAUCGUCCUGUUAAUGCAUACUGAAAAACUGAAAUGGAAGAAUUAAAAUGAUGUACAGAAUAUUCAAUUAUAUGUUACAAUAUUCGUUUAGAAUAUUCGCGCUCUCCAGUUACAGAUACACAUUGCUAGAAUAUCACGACAGAUCUUUUAUAUUUAAUCCGAUUUAUAUUUUUUAGAUGCGCGCGAAAAAAGUUACUUGCUCUUUUUUUUUAUUGCUCGUAUAAGACUGUAGAAUGUUUCAGAAGAUAAAACACGUUUUAGAUUUUAUACAUAAUUUUCACGCAUUUUUAUCGUCUCGAAUAUUUAAUUAUAAGUAUUUAUAUAUUUGAUAUUACGCUUUUUUUGUCACGUGUACUACUUACACUUUAGAACGUCACGGUCGUGUCAUCAGAUGCCUAAAAAAAUUAUAUAGACGUGGUAUUCAAACAAUGUAUCGAAAUGUAAGAAUACUCUGUAGUGCAUUUUUUGAUUUCGUGCCAAAGUACAUAUAUGUUAUUAUUCUCAUUGAAAAGUCGAUAGUUAAUGGUAGGUUGAAGAACCUUGGCACUGUCUUCGGGCCAAUAAAUGGCCGAGGUUAAGGUAGAUAUUAUAAAUAAUAUUACGUCAGAUAUAUAAAUCGUGUAUAUUUCUCAUUAUACACAAUGAAGCUUUGCGCGAGUCGAUUUCAUAUAUAACUGUGAUACAUAUUUAUUCGCAGUGAUUUACGCACACACCGAUUUCCAGUUUAAUUGCGAUCAGUGAUCCGCAGAUCAUCUAAUACCCUAAUUUAUUCGAGAACAUCUCGAAUAAAUUAAUCGCAUUAUGGGAUCUUGCUUUUACGCAAUAAUUCCUUGGAUGUCCCAUUAAUGUAUAACGAGAAAUACUUGUAUAAUUCUUUCGUCUUUCACGAAUGCUCGAAUCCCAAAAGGUCAUGGUUGCGGUGAUAAAAGUAGUUUAUUCUCUCUAAUUUCCAUUCGUAAGAAUUUUUUUCUUGUCCAUCCAAAGAACAACUGGAAAUUUUAAAAUCGACUCGUCUAUCCUGAUAAAAACAUCGCAUUCGUAAAUAAGCGAAAAAGAAAUACAUUACGUUUGUAGAUCAUGAAGAAAUGUACACAAAUGUAUGAAACGUGCAGAUGCACGUUUUAUUAUAGCAAAAAA